GGGAAAAUGGGCUUAAGCUAGCUAGAAGAGGAAUCACUCUGUAACCAAAUUCCUUUGUUGGUAUCGCAACCAGACCAUCGUGAACAGGCUUUCGACGACGGAUACGCAAUUGCUAGCUUUGGGAUGAAGAUCACCAUCUUUUUCAACAACAUAGACACGAGAUAAAACUUGCAUCUUAGCUGAAUCGAUGAAAGCUCUGAAUGAAAAUAAGGCAUCUCUUGGAUGGAGAGUGGUGUAUGCAUGGGUUGGAGAUGAUCCUUGUGGAGAUGGUGAUUUACCUCUAUGGUCUGGUGUUACAUGUUCAACGCAGGGUGAUUAUAGAGUAGUUACUGAAUUGGAAGUUUAUGUUGUUUCAAUUGUUGGCCCAUUUCCUACUGCUGUCACUAAUUUAUUAGAUCUUACUAGACUGGAUCUGCAUAAUAACAAGCCGACAGGACCUCUUCCUUCUCAAAUUGGGCGUUUGAAGCAUCUUAAAAUAUUGUGUAAUCCUUUACUUGUAUACUCCUAUUGAAGUAUCUAUAUUCAAUAGCUAUUAUGAAGUGAUAUUUAUGUUUAGGGCUUAUGCUCCGUCUCCGAAUAGCCUGUUUCUCCAGUUUCAGGAUUAACAUAUACUCGUAGGCUUAUAUUCUAGAAAAUAAAAAGAGAGUAGGUUUAUUGUCAAGGAAAUGUCCCUUCACUUUUUUUUUUGAGAAGGUAACAGUCUUGUAUUAUAUUCCAAAAAAUCAAACCUGCCACACCUUGUUACAGGAAAUGUCCCUUAGCUAAGAAGUCCUUUUAUACUUCUUUUAGGAUUGUAUUAGAUGUAUAUCUCAAUAUCUACUUUCUGUUUCCCUUAUCAUACCUUUAAGUUUUCCUUUGUCCAUAGGAACCUCCACUUUGUCCAGAAUGUUAACUUUAAAAAUUACUUUUAUUGCUAUUUUACCCAACAUACUAAUAUGAAAUUAUAUCCUCUAGUUUCCUAGUGUGUUGUAAUGUUGCACUAUUGAUUAGUUCCUUCUCUUGAUUCUUUUUACCAGAAACGUAAGGUGGAAUAAGCUGCAAGAUGUCAUUCCACCUGAAAUAGGUGAACUAAAGCUGUUAACAUCUGUGAGUGCUUUUUCAGCUUCUCUAGCUGUACUCUUUAUCCGUAGAUCUAUUUUGUUGUUAUAGACUAAUAAGGGUGAUCAACUAAUAACUAAUAGGUAUAUUGUUCAGCUACCUAAGUUUUAAUAAUUUGAAAGGCGAAAUACCUAAGGAGUUUCUAAUCUUCCUGAACUUCGUUAUCUCCAUCUGCAUGAAAAUCAUUUUAUUGGACGAAUAAUAUUAGCGGCAUAUGUACUAUAGCAAUUUGGUUUGAAUACUAGUUAUGUUGGGAUUAGUUAUGCUGGAAUAAGUUAUACUAGGAUAAGUUAUGAUGGGAUUAGUUUUUUAUUGCUUGUUUGGUUUGUCAUAGUCAAACUAAUAUUCAUUGUAUAAUUUUUUAGGAUAAGUUGUUUGUUUACAAAAUACCCUCACCCUAUUUAAAUUUUUUUUUUACAGUUUCUUUGCAAGCAUUAGUUAUUCAUUCUUA